AUGUUUGCAACAUUGAAAGUUCAACUAUCUCUUUCGAGGCCAUAUUUAACAAGAAAUGAGCUUCAACAGGCUUAUAAAAAUACGAUACCCGAUCGACGUUCAUAUAUGCAGAGGAAACUUGUGAUAUUUAAAUUUAUGAGUGAUAUCUGUGUACAAUUUCAAUUCCCAAGAAAGACUUUGGAGACCGCAUUUUAUUAUUAUCAGAGAUAUUAUGUCUUUAAUAAAUUUGAAACUGAAAUGUGCCAUACAGUGGCAACUACAGCACUUCUAUUAAGUUGCAAACAAGUAGAGACAUUUAAAAAGAUUAAUGAAUUAUGUAUAGUUUCAUUUAGACUACGAAAUAUUAAUAAUAUUAAUCAAGAUAUAAUUGAAAAUUUUAAGAAAAGAAUAUUCCAAGUUGAGCUGCGAUUGUUAGAAGCAUGCUGCUUUGACUAUAGGGUAAAUAAUCGUAUUCAUAUUGACGAAUAUAUUGUUAAAUUUGGCAAACAUUUAGGUUUCACCUAUGAAUUAUGCCAUUUAUCAUGGGUUAUAUCUUAUGACAUUUUGAAAACAGAUUUACUAUUGAUUUUACCUCAGCAUACAAUAGCUUUAGCGAUUCUAAAAGUAGCAUUUGAAUUAUUGAAAUUAAAAGAUUGGCCUGUAAAUGAUUAUGAAAAGUUCAAAACAAAUAAUGACUCCAUUAACGAAGCUUACUUCGGAGUGUUGAACUAUUACAUCAAUGCAUUUGAUUCUUGUAAUUUAAAGGAUCAUACAUCUAGCAAAUUCCCACCAGUUUCUUUGGAAGUGUUUAUGCAAUUAAAGGCAAAUUCAAGUCCUGAAACUGGAUUAAAAGACUUUACAAUGAAAGAAACAGAAGAGGAUAAAUAUUUAACUACAGCUCGUGAUUUUACACAACGAGAGAGAAGAUAUGUUUUAUCUUCAAAGUUUGUUAAAGAAGAAAACGCAAUUAUAAAUGCAAAGAAACGUAAGUUAAAAUAA